AUGACACCUCUUCAGGAUCCUGUCGCUUCUGCACCAUCUAACUGGGUUCGCACGCACCUCAACCUAUCAGCGCCAACACCACGAACCUUGAGGUUUUUGCGAGCUGUUCUCGGUCUUGCUUCCUUCGACGAAUGCGAAUCUAAAGCCACUUGUGCUUCGACCAAAAAGGCUAGACAAGUAAAAGGCUCCAGCAUAAGUCGGCCACCCAUCAGGCACGCAACUAGAAACAGACAAAAGCCAGGCGCAGUAAUCCAGAUUCAUGAGACCAAUGACGAGGAGAUACCGCGUCUCUCGGAGACUGAGCGACGAAAGAUUGCUACUGACACAUUCAAUUCCACAUUGAAGUGUCUUGGAGAGACCGCCAAAGCUCUUAGAGAAGCUCCAGCAAGCAAAACUGAAUCGUCUGUCAACCCCAAUGAUGGACCACUUCAAGAACGGUCACCGAAUAAGGAACGCAAAAAACCCGCCCUCGACUCCAAGAAGAGCACCAUCUGCAACGCCCCAAUGGACUCGGGCUUACUGGCGGAUCUUUCCUACUCCGCAUUGCUGUUUUUGAGACGAUCUGAUCACAAAGAUGUAGUGUCCACCGCAGGCAACAACGCGGGGCUGGAGAACGCCGCACUGAUCCUGCUAGACAGAAGCAUCUCCUUGAAUCUCAUCGAGCAAGCACAACGCCAGCUCUGCGAUAUCCACGAAAGAUACUGGGGAGAUGAGGUCAGAAAGAAAUCUUCAUCUCAAUCAAAUAUCGCGAGGCUUCUGCUAGGGCGACCAGAUGCUGCAGAUGAAGAUCGAAGGUUCCGAUUCACAGCAUCGUUGCAGAGUCAAGCUCUGCGCCUUGCUCUACUGGUUGGACCCAAAUGCAUCGACUCCGAGCUUCUUAAGUCACUUCAGCCGGACGCUAUUGGGAGUCCAGCCUGGGUUACGUCAAGAGCACUGGAAAAACAACUCCUGACAUCAGAACAGUCUGGCUUACAGCUUCGCACCAUAUCUCUUGCAUUGUCUAAGCUGUACGCUCUUGCCACGAGCUCAAAAGGAGAGAAUUCGUCACCCCUGGAUCUUUUCAAACUGUUUUGCUUGUCGUUACGUAUCAAGUUCGAAUCGUGGGUUCACUCUGGUCACUUACCAGACCCGCCGACAGAAGUAUGGCGCCCGCUUCACAGAGCGAUCAAGCAGCUAUUUGCGACCACCAAGGACCCAAAAGCGUCGGCUGCUUACACGUUUGAGGCACUUGGUUCGAUUCAGAAGCUCACAAGGCGAAUCAAAUGCGAGUUUCACACACCCCCAGACUUGAUUGGCACUCUGUUACAAAUCAUUCGAGAUCCAGACGAAUAUCCUCAGCUCAUUGCUUUGGUGGAAGAGCGCCUUCGGCAAACAAGCGGCGCUUCGCAUCUGAUAUUGCGGUGUCAAAUCACAUUAUCACGCCUACGAGCUUCAAGUGGGUCAACAAAGACACUGGAGUCAUUAAAGAGCAUGGGGAGUGCUCUUGCGGAGCCAGGAGAGCUACCUCCAGCUGACCUUGACAAGUUCCUAUUGCUGCUGGCCCAGCUCCGCAAAGCCGCCGCCGAACUCAUUUGGUUUGACAAGACACGACCUCAUAUGGAAGCAAAUGGGCCCUCGAUAGACUUUCAGACAACUCUGAUCCGCUUUACCUAUUGUUCCUUCAACUUCUUACGCCGCCACAUCCGUUCAAUUCUGAUAUUGUCUUCAGAAAAUUCGAGCGUCGAGAAGCGCAAAGCCUUUCUGACUACCUUACUGAAGACUAUCGAUGCCGUCUUGUCCGCCGAACAAUUUGCUAUUACGCAAGACGCAGAUAUGGUAGCGGCGGCUUCAGAGGCUCUCGAAGACUGCUCAGCGGCAGUCCAGACUCUUCAAGUCGAGUGCGCUGCCUUGAUGACGCAGUGUCGACUAGAGACGUCGCUAACCCAGCUUAGAGUACGGAUAUCUCAGUUAUUUUGGGCACGGUACUUGGAAGCCGUCAAAGAGAGCAAAACCCCGUCGGAACAGUCGAGGAUUCUGGGCAUGUCACUCCUCGGUCUGUUGGACUUGCCGCUGGCCGAUCAAAAGGUAGCACAUGUCGCACUCAAAUAUGAAAGGCUAGCAGCUUGCUACUUGGAAGAGCGUGACUUUCGACCGGCCGAAACCGCCCUUCGUACUGCCAUCGAAAUCAGCAUUAAGGACGGCGUUCUCGGUGAUGUUGCCCAUCUGCUUCUGUCCGCGUCAUUUCACCGGGCGUGGUCACAUUCAGAUUUGGGAUGCAAAGCCUUGGGAAGAGUUCUAACCACCUAUUCUAAAGCAAUCCUUGACCAUACGUCGAUAAGCGAGAGCGGGAGCGAGAGUCAGAGCUUUUAUGACGACCCGGCAUUGCCUUCAUUACACCGUGCGGUGCUGCUUGAGAAACAAUUACUUGCAAUGGUCGACCUAGGCAUGAAUGAUCACGGAGUCGAUCUAUGUGCGACAAUGGCGAACACCCUGCUGUCACUGUUGCCACAACCGGUAUAUCAGGUGUAUAGCAUGAGGGUCAUCAAUCAGCUAUUGCAGCUCGCUUUGAAGAAGAAAGUGCCAGCUUCGACCUCUGUCAUCAACUCCUCUGUCAUUCGCAGAAUACUCGAUGCUGACCAUGCGGCUGAAAAUGUCUUCCUGUCGAGAUAUGAGCCAGAACUUCGUUCGCUCCUCUCCCUCCAAUACGGGUUUUUGACCGGAGUGCUUUCCAACCAAACGGUGUUGCAAGGGGUAAAACAACUGUGCGAGAUCGUUCAGACCUGCAAGACUCACCAAGAGACACAUGUGAAAUGUCUUGAUGUAGGAGCAUAUAUCGCACCGCUUCUGCUCUCUGUGGAAUACGCGGCAAUUCUCGGAAAUUAUGAUGUUAGCCUGAUGGCUCUGGAAGCUUUACAACAUUUGGUGGAACUUGGAGUUCCCAUUCAAGAGAUAUCAUACAAGAGGAUCCUCCUCCGCAAAGGCCAAUUCCACGACUUGCUCAAGGACCCUCAGUCCGCCCAGAAGGCUUUCGCCACGAUCGAGGAUGCCACUCAGGAAGAGAGCGACCCAUUGUUCGAAACCGAACUGGCACUCACGUACUCGGAGCAUCAUCUGUAUGCGGAAGAUCUUGAUGCAAGCAACAAGUGGCUGGUAAUUGCUCGAAAUGCAUGGCAGGCUCGGGAAAGCUCAGGAAACUCGAAAUCGACCAAGGCCAGGUUGCGAGAACAGAUUAUGUGGUGCAGAGCUGCUCAUUUGGCAUCGCGGCUGGCUUUUGAGUCAAGUCAGCUUGUGGACGCCAUCGUUCUCGCACGACAAUCGGCCAAAAUCUCAGCCACUAUCUGGUCUUCAAUCGAAAGGGUCUGUGCUUCCACGGCUCCCGCGCAUUCGAAUGGAUUGUUGGAUCAUGAAUUACACUGCGUCUCCUUCGAACUCUCUAGGCUUGACUUAUCCUCCCCACCUUCGGUACGAUUGACGUCGAGCGCAGUCGUUCUUGGGUCUGAGGUCUCAUUGUGCUGCUCAGUGUUCAGCUACAUGGCAUUUUUAAAUGCACAUUGCGGGGUUUAUCAAGAUGCCGUUAUGUUUUAUGAGCAGACGCUGAAGAUUGCCCGAAGAUGGGGGCAUUCUAUUCAUACCAUUAUUGCACUGAGUGAGCUGGGUCUUCUGCAUGCACGAGCUGGCCAGAUCGAAAAAGCACAAAAUAGCCUUCAGGAGCUGCCACAGAUCGCCAGGGAUUAUCAUGCGAGCUGGAUACGGGGUCAUGUGGCACUUAACCAAGUUGAAACGUGUCUAAUCCUUGGGGACGGUUCAGCGGCCUCUCGGCGCUUGAUCGAGGCUAAGCAGCUCCCAGUUGACAAGGAACCCGCGUCCGUGGAGCUGACUGUGAGCGGUCCUCUAAAGGACAGAUCCGUCUGCGCUUCAGCAAAGCCCACCGGGAGAAAGCGCGGCGUCAAAGGACAGAAAGGAAGUGCUCAAAUCAAACGUCCACCCAAAGAGUGCCCGUCAGCUUCCAAAUCCACUUUGGAUCUGAGCGGCUUCAAUGCGAGAAUCUCAUUUCUGGAAUCUAGACUUCAGAUAUUCCUUGGAGGCGCAGACCCGGCGGAUCGCUUCGACACCAGCUUGCUGUGUGACAAAGACGACGAUAGCCGUAAAACCACAUCAAUUGCUCUCAGUUUGGUCCAUUCUGCGCUCAGAAGUUUCUCAGAAGAUUCCAUACAUAAUGUGCUGGCCGAAACAGCCGUUGCCAUUCCAGACCAGGACCAAAAGAAGAGUUCAAGGCAAAAACAGGCGGCAAAGACAUUCAAGGACGGAACGGCUCUGUUGCUUCAGGCCUACGACAUCCUCUGGGAACUGCUUAUCCAGAUCAGUCUGCUGUCGUCGGCUCUGAACCAACCGUUGGUCAGCUCUUCUUCGAACGUCGUGUUGAAUAUGACAACUCCACUUGAUGUCGCUCUGACGCGUGAACGCUUUGUAACUUUAGGCGAGCUCAGUGCAGCCAAGAAGAUGAGCACGGAAAGUUGGCCCAGUACACACAACAGUGACAACAGCCAUAUAUGUCUGAUGUCAGAUAAACUGCUGAAUUAUGACACAAGCCUCCUGCCUGCAUCAUGGUCGGUCAUAUCCCUUGGGCUCAACGAGGACGGAAAUGAGCUUUUUGUCGCGCAGUUGGCGUACCAGAGGUCGCCGUUUGUUGUCAGAAUUCCCCUAGCACGGCCAGAUCCAUCAGAAGGAGACAACGAGGAACUUGACCUGAAAAGUGCCAAAGCAGAGAUUCAAGAGAUCAUCAUGAAGGCAAAUGCUAGUGCCCACGAUGCGAGGGGCUCUUCGGUCGAUAAGUCUGUCAGAAAGGAGUGGUAUGUUGAGCGUCAAGCCUUGGAUCGUCAGCUUGCUACUCUUCUUGAGAAUAUCGAGAACAUCUGGUUCGGCGGAUUUCGAGGUCUACUCUCCGCAGGCCAUAUCGAAGAAGGUGAACUGAGACAAUUCGGACGAUGCCUCACUUCAACAUUGCAUCGACACCUUCCCUCGAGGCAGAAACCGUCAAAGUCGUGCGAACACGUGGUUGAACUCCAUGACCAUGUGCUGGAGCUCUUUGUGGCGCUCGGACAUCCUCGAGCAGUGGAGUUGGAGGAUGCAGUCACCGAUCUACUAUACUUUGUUAUUGAUAUCUUGCAAUUCAACGGUGAGCGCAACGCAUAUGACGAGAUCGAUUUUGACGCCAUGUUGGUGGAAGUACUGGACGCACUACAUUCUUACCACGAUCGUCAAUCAUCAGCCUCGCGAGACAAGCGGGGCCAUGUGAUUCUUGUCCUGGACAAAGAGUUGCAGGCGUUCCCCUGGGAGUCGUUAUCGUGCUUGAAGAAUCAAGGUGUUUCCAGGAUGCCCUCCAUAGCGUCCGUCUGGGAAAAGUUGAAAGCUAUUGAAGAUCAACGGCACGACCUCAAAGGUUAUAUGAUUCCGAGAACGGAUGGUGCAUAUAUCCUCAAUCCGUCUUCUGACCUAGUGGCUACUCAAGAAACCUUUGGCCAGAUUUUCGAGAAUCAGCUGUCUAACUACCGAGCCAUUGUGAAUCGGCAUCCUGAGGGAAAUGAGUUCGAGACGGCUCUGAGAGAUAGCUCGCUCAUGCUCUACUUUGGUCACGGGGGCGGUGGGCAAUACAUCAGACCUCGCACUAUCCGUAAGAUGGACAAGUGUGCGGUGACGUUGCUGAUGGGUUGCAGCAGUGCCAAAAUGACUGAAUGUGGAGUAUACGAGCCUCAUGGGAUGCCUUUGAGUUAUCUGAGCGCAGGCAGCCCGGCAGUGGUGGGAACGCUGUGGGAUGUUACCGAUCGGGACAUUGACCGUUUCGCCAUGGAGCUGAUGGCGGAUUGGGGAUUGAUCGACGCCGAUGCCAACUCAGGCGUGCCGACCCUCAACAAGAGCAGGAAUCCGAAAGCUGGCAAAGAAAAUGCAGCAAGGCACCAGUGUGGUAGGCAGAAGUCUGGCCAGAAAUCUCUUGAUGAGGCUGUGGCACACGCCCGCGAUGCGUGUUUACUGAAGUAUCUCAAUGGGGCUGCGCCUGUCAUGUAUGGGAUACCCGUCUUUUUGGGUUAG